CGGCGUCGUCUCAUAUCGAGGUUAACACUUGUGACGGUUGGCUUUGGCAGGGCAGUGUGUCAAAGAUUUGCCACUGAAGGUGCUUCUAAUGAGGAAUCAGCCAAUCAGACCCUGGAACUGCUGUCACGUGACCACAAAGGGCAGGAGCACAUGGCAUUAGGGGUGGAGGUGUCAUCAAAGGACAGUGUGGAGGAACUAGUGACAAGUAUGCAACUUCACUACUUCCAACCGCCCUCUGUGUGCGUGAAUGCUGCCGGGAUCACACAAGCUGAAUUUCUUCUCCAAAUGGUUAACCUCAAGGUAACACUUCGGGGCACUUUUCUUAUGACUCAGGCGGUCUCCAAGGCUCCUGUUUCAGCACGUGCUCCGAAGGGAUCCAUCAUCACUACGGGCAGUAUCGUGGGCAAGGUUGGGAAUAUCGGCCAGGCAAACUAAUCAGCAUCUAAAGCAGGGGUGGAGGGACUCAAUGGGCCCGCAGCCAAAGAGCUGAGCAAGUAUGUGACCAUUUUACUCUGA